AUACGUGAUCGAUGCCACUCUGGCGGGUCUGGAUGAGUUUCAGGAACGCGACAGUGGUUGGGCAUUGUCGCGUAUAUUGAACCUGAUCGUGAACGUGAACAAGUGCAAUCCCAUGCACGCCGGAUGUUGGUUUGAAAUACCGCAAUGGAUAAAGGUAAAGAAAGCGGUGAUCAACGUGCAUUCAUACGACAACGCGUGUUUCGCGUGGGCGGUAAUCUCCGCUUUGUAUCCCGCUCUGCGGAACGUGGAUCGAUGCGGGUCGUAUCCCUAUUACGCGACGGUGCUGAAUUUGGAAGGGAUCGAGUUUCCUAUGACUCUGAGGCAAAUUUCGAGGUUCGAACGACUCAACGACAUAUCCGUCAACGUUUUCACCACUUGGCGGAAGGGACGCAACGACGAGAUCGUUCCUUUACAGCUGACCAACGAUAAGGACAGACAUGUCAAUCUGUUGUAUCUGUCAGAUUCACGAAACAACUCGAACGGCGGUCAUUUCGCGUGUAUAAAGAAUCUGUCGCGAUUGUUGGGGUCUCAAUUAAACAGGAGCAAGAACAUGAAGUACAUAUGCGAUCGAUGCUUACACUACUUUCACUCGAGAGAGAAAUUGUCCGCUCACAGCGUCGAUUGCGGAAAGAUGAACGACUGCGUCAUCGUUCUUCCGAACGACGACGACAAAUGGUUGUUUUUUCGCGAUCACAGUAGAAAGGAGCGACUUCCCUUCGUGGUCUACGCCGAUCUGGAAUGCGUGUUGGAGAAAGAAAAGAUAGACAACGAUAACGUCAAGAGAUACACAUAUCAGCAUCACAGAGCGUUUAGCGUGGGAUACUACCUGUGCAGCCCGUACGACGAGAUUGGACCCGGGUACAGAUUUCGUCGCGGCGAGGACUGCGUGUCGUGGUUCGUCAACGAGCUCAACGUUAUCGCGCAUUGCGCGAAGGAGAUACUCAUGACGAACGUGACCAUGGCGGAGCUCACGUUGGACGAGACACGAAAUUUUUGGAGCGCGACGAGCUGCCACAUAUGCGAGAGACCGUUCAAAUCGGAGGACGGUCAACGCGUGCGCAAUCACUGCCACUUGACCGGACGUUACAGAGGUCCCGCGCAUCCGCGUUGCAACCUAAAUUAUAGAGACUCGUACGUUAUUCCUGUGUUCUUUCACAGUCUGUCCGGUUACGAUGCCCACUUUAUUAUCAAAGAUAUCGCCAACAGCUUCGAGGGUAGAAUCGAUUUAUUACCGCUCACCAAAGAGUUGUACAUAUUGUUCACGAAGUAUGUAAGGGAAGGCGUUAACUGGGGAAACUGCGCGAAAUUGCGAUUCGUGGAUUCGUUUAAAUUUCUCAGCACCAGUCUCGAGAAAUUGGCGUCGUAUCUCGAUAAGGACAAGCUGAAAAUCAUGCGUUCGGAAUUUUCAGAACUAAGCGAAAGCGAUUUCGACCUGCUCACACGUAAAGGUGUAUUUCCGUACGAGUACGUCGACGGCUUCGAUAAGUUGCUGGUGACGGAAUUACCGCCGCGCGAGGACUUUUACAGUUCGUUGACCGGCGAGACCGCGAGCGAGAGCGAUUACGAGCACGCGCGGAACGUCUGGGGUUGUUUUCGCGUGAGAAAUCUCGGUGAGUACAGCGAUCUGUAUCUCAAAACGGACGUGCUUCUCCUAGCGGAUAUCUUCGAAAAUUUUCGCGACACCUGUAUCGACACUUACGGACUGGAUCCCGCGCAUUACUACACUCUACCAGGAUACACGUGGGACGCGAUGCUGAAGUACACGGGGGUGCGAUUCGAAUUGCUCACCGAUAUUGACAUGGUAAUGUUCGUGGAGCGCGGUAUCCGCGGCGGUCUGAGUCAAUGCCCCAACAGGUACGCGCGAGCCAACAACAAAUAUAUGCGAUCGCACGACUCUUCGCAACCGUCGACGUAUCUCAUGUACUUCGACGUGAACAAUCUGUACGGUUGGGCGAUGUGCGAACCGUUGCCGUACGCGGACUUUCAAUGGGUCGACGACGCGGAGAGUCUCGACGUAAUGUCCGUGAAGUUGGACUCCGCUAUCGGUUACAUCUUGGAGGUCGACCUUGCGUACCCGCAUAAAUUCCACGACGCUCACGCUGACCUUCCGUUCUGCCCGACGCGCGAUAAGUCUCCCGGAAAACGGUGCGAUAAACUCCUCGCCACUCUGCGCGAUAAAUCGCGCUACGUGCUGCAUUACCGUAAUCUACAGCAAUGCGUGCGAUACGGAUUGUGCGUCACGAAGAUUCACCGCGCGCUUCGAUUCGCGCAAUUUCCGUGGCUUCGGGGAUACAUAGAGCUUAAUACGGGAUUCAGAGCUCGCGCCAGCAACGAUUUCGAGAAAGAAAUGUACAAAUUAAUGAACAAUGCGGUAUUCGGCAAGACCAUGGAAAACAAUCUGAUCGCCGUCGAGUUGCGCAGGCUCGAGGUGAGGUUGUACAAACCCAUCUACGUCGGUAUGUGCAUUCUCGAGAUAUCCAAGACGCGCGUCUACGAUUUUCAUUACGAUUACAUGGUGCCGCUGCAUCGCGAAAGGUGUAAGAUAAUGUACACGGACACCGACAGUCUCAUAUAUUUUCUCGAGUGCGACGACGCGUACGAGGAUAUGAAACGCGACAUCGCGAGAUUCGACACAAGCGAAUAUCCCAAGGACAACAAGUAUCGCAUGCCGCGCGUCAACAAGAAGAUACCCGGUUUGAUGAAGGACGAGAACGACGGCGCGGUGAUGACGGAAUUCGUUGGACUGAGGUCAAAAAUGUACGCCUUGAGGGUCGAGGAAAAGAGCGACACGAAGAAAAUAAAGGGCAUCAAGAGAAACGUGGUCGCGAGAACGAUAACGUUCGACGAUUACGUGUGUUGUCUGAACGACGCGAUAGGGCAGUUUAGGCGUCAGUCGUGUAUUCGUUCGACUGCACACGAGGUACACACCGUGUCCGAGUUGAAACUCGCUCUCAGCCCGUACGACGACAAGCGAUACGUCGUUCCCGACUC